CCCCCACACACGACACACACGAAUACUCUACACACACGGCACCAACCACACUACCAAGGCAAGCGAAAUGCAGCCACGUAGAUAGCAAUAGAGAGAUCUCAUACGGCCAAAAUGCACCAACCCACCCACCGCCCACUUGCCCAACUCCGACACAUCCCAUCAGAGAGAGAAAGGCGACUUGCCGGGGAAGACCAGCGACUGCACCAUCAGGCCAAUGAUGGCAAUCAUGGCGAGUCGGCCGUUCUUGACCUCCUUCAGCCGCAGGUCGUCCAUCUGCGCCUGGCUCUUGCCCUUGCUGAAGUUGAGCGGGUCGAAGCCGUAGUUGCCGAUCUCGUUGUUGACGUAGUUGCCCCCGAAGUCCUUGUCCAGGUUGGCCAGCUCAACCAUUCCACAUGCGGCAAUGAUCUGCAGGUGCACCGCCAGAGGGUUCUUGCUCACGGCCUCGAAGCCCACGAAGUCACGGCCGGGCAAAUGGAUGCCAAGGGCAGUCACUGCAGUGUCACACAAACGGACGGAGAGGGGGAGAUCAGAUCAGCAGGUGGUUGACGGUCGAUGUGUUGUUGCGUGUGUGUCUUAGCUACCAAGCCAUCCGACGACGGCGAGCAUGGCGACUCUGCCGUUUUUGAGCUCAGCAGCCCGCAUCCACUCCAGGUUCAGCUGGUCGGACAACAGAAACGGAUCUGACAUACCAAACACACACACACUCAGUUCACACAGUGAGUGUCAUAGCAAAAGGCAAUCUUCUCACCGAAGCCGACAUCUCCCGCCAUGCUCUUGUCAAGCUUGGACGGCCUGAUGGAUGGAUGGAUGGAUCAGUGAGUGAGAAGGCAACACACCAGCGAUGGAAGCACCAGACGAACAAGAUCUCACUCAGUGUGUGUCAUUGUGACCUCAUGAGGAAUGGGAGUGACUGGCUCAUCUCUGCCUGCAUCCUGACAUCGCUCCUGGGCGCCGCUGCAGUGCGUCGGAGGGAAGGCAGGGACCCUGCUGACGGCACGAAGGCCUCGCCCGCAGACGCACAAGAGAUCAGGGCAGCGACCACAACCGCAACGAGCGCCAUAUCCACAACAGCAGAGCAGAGAAUCACCAGGAGAUCUGUCGGCUCUGUUUACG